AUGGAGUCCACGAUACGGGACAAAGUCAGUCACAUGUACAUGUGCGGUUAUGGUUUCUCAUCGUUCAUCUUGGUCUUGACGCUUUUCAUCUUUUUAUUCUUUCGCAGGAACGUUCAUUGCUCUCGAGUCAGGGUCCAUGUGAACCUUUACCUUGCUGUUAUCUUCAGUAACAUCAUGUUUAUGACAUGGUAUGUUACUGUGAUCAAGGAUACCGUUGUCAUCUUGUUUAAUCCGAUAUGGUGCCAGGUAAUGCACGUCCUCACUUAUUACUCUAUCGUGUCGAGCCACUUCUGGAUGUUUGGCGAGGGACUACACCUGUACCUUGCGGUAGCUUUCGUGUACUCCAGGUCUAAGGACUCAUUGCUGCUGUUCAUUGGCAUUGGCUGGGUGUCUCCCGUUCUGAUUUUGGCUGUCUACUCUGCUUUGCGCAUUUUCUACCUGCACGACACCGAAAACUGCUGGACCGCAGACAGCAAUGCCUUCUACAUCAUCACCGUGUUCGUGUUUGGAGCUCUCUUAAUUUCGUCAUUCCUUUUGCUGAACGUGGUCUGCAUUUUAUUCCAAAUGGCUAGACGUUUCCCUCGCCACAACAGGAUGAUUGCAAUGAUCAAAGCUACCAAAGCUGCACUCGUGUUGACUCCACUGUUCGCGUUGCACUUCUAUCUGAUUCCGAUGCACCUUUCGCGCCAGAAUGCUCUCCAAACAACAUACCAGAUUUUGUCCGCUGUCGUUGUUACUCUACAGGGCCUGAGCUUGGCAAUAACUUUUUGCUUCACCAACCAGGAUGUUAUCGCAUCUUUCCGCCAGUUGUUCAAACGUCGCCAACCGGAGAACGAAGUUAACAUUGCUAUGACCGAUAUGAGUGGUGCGCAUGUGCCCCAGCAGGUUACUAUGCUGCAACGCGAUGUACCUAUCUAAAUAGCUUUCAUUCGAACCGAAUAUCCAUCACACCUGGCUUUACAUCGUGGACGCUUCGCAUCAUUAGGAAAUAAUAUGAAGCAAAUAAAAAAAUCUCUGAUAGUAUUCGUGUUAAACGUAAAACAAACUCUAAUCUAAUUAAUGAGAUGGUUAAAAGGUUGAUAAUAGUUUUCGAAAAUUUUACUGGCUAGUCUAGGAUUGUUCUAUUGAUUAGAUGAGAAUUUGUAAUACGUGAUACAUCGGUAUUACAAAAAAAAAACU